ACGUCACAUCCUGCGUGUCUUCCUCUUCCGGAAGGUGGGGCGUUUUUUGUUGCAGCAGCGGAGCCGGAGCCGGAGCCUAUGCCACCUUCUGCUCCUUUAAUGCAGGCAGCCAGAUAACAGCAAGCCAGGGGAGAAACGCCAGUCCUGCUUCAUCGGUCGUGUCAGUGCUGUGGUGUAGGGAAGUGUGUGUGUGUGUGUGAGUGAGUGUAUGUGAGUGUGUGUGUGUGUGAGAGAGAGAGAGAGAGAGUGCGCGAAGAGAGAGCAAGAAAGAGGAAUCCAGCAAUGGCUACCAGUAAGAAUAAAAACCAGAGCUCUCUGGCCCUGCACAAGGUGAUCAUGGUGGGCAGUGGAGGCGUGGGCAAGUCGGCCCUCACCCUGCAGUUCAUGUAUGAUGAGUUCGUGGAAGACUACGAGCCCACCAAGGCGGACAGCUACAGGAAGAAGGUGGUGCUGGACGGGGAGGAGGUGCAGAUCGACAUCCUGGACACGGCGGGACAGGAGGACUACGCCGCCAUCAGGGACAACUACUUCCGCAGCGGAGAGGGCUUCUUGCUCGUCUUCUCCAUCACAGAGCACGAGUCCUUCACCGCCACCGCCGAGUUCAGGGAGCAGAUUUUGCGGGUGAAGGCGGAGGAGGACAAGAUCCCUCUGCUGCUGGUGGGGAACAAGUCGGACCUGGAGGAGCGCCGGCAGGUUUCUGUAGACGAAGCUCGGGGCAAAGCUGAGGAGUGGGGCGUCCAGUAUGUAGAGACAUCAGCCAAAACCAGAGCCAACGUCGACAAGGUAUUUUUUGAUCUGAUGCGUGAAGUGCGAGGCAAGAAAAUGUCAGAAAACAAAGACAAAAAUGGAAAAGGAAAGAACAAGAAGAGCAAGAAGAGCUUCAGAGAGCGAUGCUGUUUACUUUGAACUCUUUAUGGACCUCAACAACCCACAACACAGUCGCUACACCCGGGAACAUGUUCACAAGCAGAGCAUCUUCCCCGCCGUCAUGUCAAAUCAAAUUUGUCUCAAUUUCUUUCUUUUUUUUUUUUUUUUUUUAAUAGCUUUCCAUGAUUUAGUGUCUAGAUCAAUCUCAGCCACCUUUUCCAUACGAAAUGAAAGGUGUAACUCUGAGCUCUUGUUGUUUUUAAUGGUGUGUUACCACUAUUCUGUGACUGUGACUUCGACUGCAGUGCUUGAUGGCUCAUAAUAAGCCGAUGACCAAACUGCCACAGACACUACCUACUUCCAGAUUUGCUUAAGGCGUCCUCUGUUUCUCCCAGAUCGAGAUUAUACUGCCUUCGACUACAGUUAAUUGUGUGUGUUUUAGUCAAGAAUUAGGCCGAGUCUUUGUUCAUCACACAGUCCUUUUUGUUUAAUUUACCUCUUGACCUGCUCUUAGCAUAAUUCUUGGUUUGUUUUAGCAUAGAGCCAGUGAGCCUAGGUUCAGCCCUGCCAGUUUACAGGGACUCCUGAUGCUGCUGUCUUAAAUACUCGUGAUCAUUUAUGACGACACUUAACGCGUUCAUCAGAGAUGUUGGCCGUGCUCUGCGUCGAAACUCACGACCUCAUGACUGCAAAGCACACGCGACUGAAGCCGAGGUUGCAGACGUUUUUAUUGUUUUUGAGCCCUUGCAGACUUCGAAGCAGCGCCCUCUGCUGCUGCUGCACAGAGGACAAAAUAAAACACAGUCCUUUCAGAAUUUUUUUAUUAUUAUUUUCUUAUUGCAGAGGUCAGAGGACUUUCCACCAGACAUGGUUUUUAUUUAGUUUGCGUCAGCCCAGGCGUGUUUACCACAGACCAAAACAUCAUCAUAAGUUGCCUUCCAGUUUUUCAGCCUGACCACUGCAAAGUGAAGCCUUUUCAGUGACAGUAAUCAUAGAAAAAACUGCAAAAUUGUGGAGAAGACAUUUAUCUCUUAAACAAAUGAGCUCCUUGUAGAUAUUUUUUAGCAUUUACUGAGGCUGUAGGGGUUAAGUGGGGGCUAGUACUUUGAUGAAGGUAAUUUAGCAGUGACUAAGGGAGAGAAUAGAGAGAAUAGACCAGGUUGAUUUGCAUGGUUGUCUGCUGCGUUGAUGUUAUUCAAUCCUCCCCGCCCAUCUCGCAGUGCAGAUGCCUUCUGAUGUUGAGCUUGCCAGCUCUGCACUGCACUGAGAGACCGGUAAUGACAAUCCAGGAGGCCGUCAUGCUUUCGGUCCAUGAUGUUGCCAUAAGCAGCCACACAUCUAACAGCGUAUUCUUAACCUUUACACUUUUGUUAUAACUUUUGUAGAAUGUGCACUACAUUGCCAAUACCUUAAAGACGGACUUGUCAGAGAAGUCAAGCUGGAGACUUUUUUAAGCAUCCUGUGCCAACAAAAAUCACAAAUAACACGUCAAAGUAGUUUUAUCUGUAUGGUUAUAUGUGUGUGUUAAUUAACCGAGCGUAUGUGCGUCGACCAGAAAAUGUCUACUACUUCUUUUUGUGUGUGUCUGUGUGAGUGAAGCUUUGACAAGGACGCCAGGUUCUUAACUGUUGUUUAAUCGAGUGCUACAGUGAACACGAUGUUUCCACCACUGCCCAAAUCCUCCUCUUUCUAACAUGUCUUCAGUUUUUUUCUUUUCUUUAUAGUCUGCUGUGAGUAGGAUUUCUUUUCUUCCCCCCUCUCCCUGUAGUGAGAGGGAAAAAAACAUUAAUUUGAAAGAAGAAUUCAAAAUAUGUUGCCAAAUAAAUGCUCUUUUCUUUGUUAAA